AUCCCUUCAGGUUCCAUAUUGGAGUCAGCAGAACGGUCAGUCUCACUAGUCAAAGGUGGCAGAUCAGAGUACGCUGCUGCUCUGGCCUGGGAGAAAAAGGGGGCUUUUCCGGGGAACACAAUCUUUACAAACUGGCUGGAAUCGACCAAGGACAAUCCUGUGGUAAUUGACUUUGAGGUGUCGUCCAUUGUGGAUCUGGUGAAGAACAUGCCUUGUGCCGUGACCAGGCGACGCAACCUCAGAAGGGCUUUGGAGGAAUAUGCAGGCAGGUUUGACCCAUGUCAGUGUGCCCCGUGCCCCAACAAUGGCAGGCCUGUGCUUUCUGGGACAGAGUGCCUCUGCUUGUGCCAGGCUGGCACCUACGGUACAAACUGUGAGAUCCGAGCUCCAGGUUAUGAGUCAGUUGCUGUAGAUGGUCGCUGGGGUUGCUGGUCUGAAUGGAGCUCAUGUGAUGCUUCUUUCAAGAGAAGAAGGACCCGGGAGUGUAACAAUCCAUCCCCAAUGAAUGGUGGAAAACCUUGCAAGGGUGAACGGGAAGAAGAGGAGGACUGUUAUGUCUCUGUGUUCACGGACAAAGCUCCUUGUAUUAAUGAUGAUGAAGCAAAAAGAGAGGUGGAUAUUGUGAUUGGUGAGCUUGAGACUGGAUGCUCCAGGCCAGACCCACCAGAAAAUGGGUUUAUAAGGAAUGAAAAGAACCAGUAUGCAGUGGGAGAAGAAGCUGAAGUUGCCUGUGUGAGCGGUCAUGUCCUCAGUGGCUAUCAGUUCCUUCGAUGUUUGCCUGAUCAAACUUGGACACAACAACCUAUUGAAUGCCAACCCUCAUUAUGCCUGAGGCCACCAACAUCUGACAGUGUUGAAAUUUCCCCAUUUAAACAACACUACAACAUUGGUGAAACUGUGAAGCUAAGCUGUCGAGCUGGGUUUGUAGUCACUGGUCAAACACAAUAUACUUGUGGAAAAGACCUGUCCUGGUUUCCUUCUAUUCUGAGGUCUAUUACAUGUGAAAAAGAUGAGCAAACUAAAAUUAGAGGAUUUUGCAAUCUAGGACAAAAACAGGUUGGGUCUGAGUGUGUUUGUAUGAAUCCAGAAGAGGACUGUGGCCACUACUCAGAAGACAUCUGUGUGCUCCAUGCUCUUUCCGAACAGCAUGUGACGAAGCCCAGCUGUCAGUUUUCAGCUGAAAAGUGCCUUGGAGAGCAGUCAUUUCACUUCUUGCAUGCUGGCUCUUGCCACAGUAGUUCCAGCUUACACUGGGCUAUUGAAAGGGCAAAGCUCUCUGCAAAAAGCUUGAAGAAAGUGCCGUGUGGCUAUGACACCUGCUAUGACUGGGAGGAAUGUCCAGAAUCACAGACGCAGUGCUCCUGCCUAAUGCCUUACCAGUGCCCCAGAGAAGAGAGCCAGCUUCACUGCAUCCGAAUGGAGUCAACAGGGAGAAGGAAGACAGUCAGUCACUGUGUGCUGGCAGCCAUGAAGUGUGCUGGCAUCAGACUGGAGGUGCUGGAGGAGGGGAGCUGCCUGGGGUAAAUCAGUGGCUCUCCCAGUGGCCACCACUGUCAUCCCACCACAAUGGGGUAAACCACCAUAGGGAAAACUCAACUGGUUAUAAAAGGACGAAUGAACUCAAAAAGGAUGCAAUAAUAAUAAUAAUUUUAAAAAUGAGCUAAUUUAAUGGAAGAAGAGUGGUAGUGGGAUUUUUAUUUCAGUUUGAAAAUCACUUGAUGGAAGAAUAUGAGGACUGCUAUUGUUGUCAAUAAUUCUGCAUGGACAGAGGGAGAGAAGGGAGAAAAUAGGAAAAGAGAAAGGAGAGCUCUGCUUCUGGUCCCUCUGGUGUUGGACAAGAUUCUUCCUUUCUUCAGCCAUUUGUUGGUCUCUCUCUUCUCUGGUAACUGGUCUGCACCCUGAUUGUCUUAUUGGCUGAGAGCCCACUGGGCAGACUGGAUUUCAACAUAGAAUCAUAGAAUUAAUCAUAGAAUGGUUUGGUUUGGAAGGGACCUUUAAGAAUAACUACUUCCAAACCCUUGCUAUAGGCAAGGACACCUCCCUCUAGACCAAUUUGCUCACAGCCCUAUCCGGUCUUGAAUGCUUCCAAGGAAGGAGCAUCCACAACCUCACUGGGUGACCUGUUCCAGUGUCUCAUCAUCAUCAUAGUA